CUUAUUUUCCACAAAACAGUGAUAUGAACAACUCAAAUGAGAAAGUUGAUGAUGUCCCUCACUAUUUUUUUUUUAUUGUUUGAAUUAUACAAUAUUUCAUUUUUUAUAGAUUUGACAAUGAGGACAAACUUGACUGAAUCAUAUAGUAUUAAACAAUGCUCAUUCCACAUGUUCAGGGAGGAAUUAAUCGCUGUUCAUUUGACAAUGAGGAGAAAAAUAGAAUAUUCCCUAUUUCACGUAAUAAAAUACAAAAUAAAUAGUGAGUGGAUGACGUCAUCAGUCUCCUCAUUUGCAUACCCACCAAGAUGUGCAUAUAACUGUUUUGUAAAAUUAAGCAAAACUUUAAAAUGUCAUAACUUUCUUAUUUUAAACCCGAUUUUGAUGAAAUUUUCAGUGUUAAGUUUGUUGGAUUUUUCUCUUUUUAUUCAAAUCAACUUUUUGUUGGGGUGGACUUGUCCUUUAACGGUCGAAGCGAUCUUGGAAGUGAUCUUCCAAACCGGUUCAUAAAACCACCUCGCGAUGUAGUUCAAGAUCACUUUGCCUCGUGAAACUGGUUUUAGCGUACGUGAGGAGACAAUCAUUCUUCGGAAAGCGAUCUUCGCACAUUUAGUGCGUGCUACUCUACACAAUGUGUGUAGAAUGCCUAUGAUGAUGCGGUGUCACCCCACUGAGAGCGUUCUUAUAGCAACAAGACCGCUUUACGUGAAGUAAUUUUGAAAACCACAUUCAGGUGAUCAAAUGGGAAAGCUAGCAAAGCGAUAUUCCAAACUGGUUUCUAGUAAGCUAGUUUUAGAAAGUGUAAUGAGAACGGGGUCUUAGUCAGGGAGUGGUUGGGAGAAUAGCUAAGGGAGCCCUCCCAAAAAGACAUUAACAUUCUUCCAUCGUGCCCCCUGAGAAUUGUGGUCUGGUCAACAUCAUUUGGGAAGGUGGACCUGUCAUGAUGGGAUGGAUAAAAUAAGUUAUUAUGGGAUAGCAGGGUUAGAAGAAAAGAUCACAUGAACUGAGCAAGCAUACUGGCUCAAAAAAUCCAGCAUGGCCCUUGGUUUUAGUUGUAGUAAGUCCAUGCUUUCAGUUUGAUUGCUGGCUGACAUAGGGAGGAAUGCACACAGUUUUCUCAGUCUUGACUACUGUUUUUCCGUGAUCAUGAUGAUCCCUGUAUGUGUUCUAACUUCUAAUUGUGGAAAAGAACCUUACCGAUAGGCAAGUACAUUACGUUAUGAUUGUGUAGAUUGGUUGAAUUCAACCGAAAUAUCAUGAAUGUGUACUUAGCUUCAGGACUGGGAAUGGGAUUUGAUGACUGGUGUAGAAUGCAACAAGAUACUGUUUACUUUGUGGUCCUGAAAAGAAAGGCAGGGACUGCCUGGUUAUGUUGGUGGAGUGCUAGCCUCUGGUCGAGGCCCUGGCUGCUUCCCGAGCGAAGCGAGGGAUAUCCUAAUUCGCGAAGCGAAUUAGCCUGGCGCGAGCCAGGGCCUCUGGACAUCUGUACCGAAUUAUAUAUUCAUGAGGCACGUCUUCCUAAUGAAUAUAGAUGAGCUCAUGAAUAUUUAACGUUCACCUCGUAAAUUGACCAAUGAAAUGUCAAAGCUGUUUCGUCCGUGGUUUGGAAUAGUCCACUAUUUUGCAGGGGAUCGAUUUAAUUGUGGAAGAUUUUUUUUUUUUUUAAUGCAUUGAAAAAUCAUUUUCUGACAAAAACAGUAUUUUCAUUACUUUUACAAAAUCUAGCAUUAAAGAAAUUAAAGUUGAAUUGUAUUGAAUAUCUAUUUUGAAGAAUAAUAUGAAACGUAUCCCUAUUUUCACCCCCGUCUCUUUGCUCAAUUGUGGACGAGUCUUUCCCUCCGUCUUGGAAGUUUUGUUUAGUCUUUGAUAAAGUCACUCUCUAGAAGAAAACAGAGUGAAAUCAUGGACUAGAUGCUAAAAAGUACUGUAUGUUGUUCGGGUGUCAAAUAUUAGACGGAAAUACGUACAGAGAUAAAGACUAAGACAAAUGUAUUUCCAAAACACAGCUGAUUUUGCGAACACGUGUGUGAACACUUUCGAUUGAGUUGGAGUUUUCAUGUUGUCUAUUGUUGAUGUUUCACUUUCAAUAUAGAUUUUCCACUGAAUUAUAGAAAGUUUUGGAUGUAUAUUUGUGUUGGAUGGACCACGCUUUUUUCAAGACGAUCUGAUAAAUUAUUGGACAUUAGUUAGCUGAGACAGUAUGAUUUAUCAACAAGUUAUUUCGAGUCCAUGUCACGAUGCUGCUUGCUGGUAAGGUCAACGUACCUAACGUUACCCCUACAAAACCCGUCGUGAUACGGCCGGGAAGAGGACGUCCCAGAGCAACUGACCGUGUGUGUUGUGUGUGCAAUAGAAACGUAAUUUUGUUUAAGAAAUAUUGCAUUGUUGACGAUGAAAUCUCCUCAAAGUUAAAUGAGUUAUCUGAAAGAAACACAGAUUUUUUGUGCAAGAAGAUUUGUGGUGUAUGCAAAAAUAAAGUAAACAAAAUAACAUCAAAUGAUGAUCCAUCAGCACUUGAGCUGAAAACUAUGAUUGCAAAGCCAAAGAAUCAAGAUGAAGAUCUACCGGAAGGACGAGUUAAGCGGAUGAUCACUGAAAGCCCAUCCAAAUUGAUGAGGCAGCAGAAACGGUCUGGAACUGGAAAGUCCACAGCAGCAACAAGCCCUUUGAGUUUGACUUUGUCAGUUAAUCCGAUCAUAUGUGCCCCAACAGUCAAGAGAAAGCAGCUCCAAUUCAAAGAAAAAACAAGAGAAGAGGACUUGGCAAAACCCACUCCGCCAACUUCUGUAAUGAUAGAUGAACUUCAUACGGCUUUGGAUCGAGGUGAUCUCCACACUGUCGUUCACCAUGUGACAUCAUCACCACUUCUACGUAGUGAAUUCAACGAGUGUCUGUCAAAGGAGAUCAGUGCAGAAUGUUCCUACCUGUGUGGCAUACAGAACAACCAAUCAACUUUCCGAAACAAAAGCAAGGAAGCUUUACAAGAGUUUUCUUUCGAUAAACAAGAAGCAGAAUUGAAGGAAAAAGCCCCAGUUCUUCUGACAUGCCUUCAGGCUGCUGCCACCAAUCCCAGGUUGGACAAACGAAAAUCAAAGUCUUCUGGCACAAUAAUCCCUGGAGUAUUGGCAGCUGCAGGGACAGUGUUAUAUCUUCGAAACAGGGAGAUGAAUGCUUCCCAAACCCUUACAUCUUUGGCCCUCAAACGAGGGGGAGCGUCGUCAAAGACAUUUGCUCGUCUUCAGGGGAGAGGACUGUCAGUAUCGUACAAAAGUACAUUAAGGCGGCAGACACACCUAGGUGAGGGCUUUGAUGCCGAAGUAAAGCAGUGGAAGGAGGAAGUGGAGGAGGAAGCUAGAUCUGAAAAAGAGCUGAGAGAGAGGCUGGCCAAGGGGGAUGUUCUUGCAGCAAGUGAACUGGAAUCUCUGAAUGCCAGCCGUCAUCCAGGAUAUAUCCUGAACGGGGACAACGUAGAUGUGAAGGUCAAGCCAAGGCAAGCAUCCAUGGAGGACAAAGGGCAGGACCUGCACUUCUACCAAUUCCUCGCGGUAAAAAACCGAAUAGCUGAUUUCAGCCUGUCAGACGUCGCACCUGCUAUGAAUGUUGAGGAUGCUUCCUUGAACAUGUUCCUGCCCUCCCCAGAGGAUAACAACCAUUUGAGAGAUGAAUGGGCAACGCUUGUGGCUCGAGUAGUGACACAAAACAUACCAGCACUCUCAUGGAUGGCGGAGUUUACUGAGACGAAAAUCAAACAUGAGUACAUGGACAAGACCAAACAGAAGAGCACUGUUGUUAACUUGGGCGUCAUCACAGAAAAUGAAAAUACUCAUGAAGGGAUUGUUGCCAUCCUCGACAAGAUGAAUGCUUACAUCCCUAUGAUGAAGGACAGCAAUGUGCAGAUCCCAACUCUCAGCGGAGGAGACUUACUAACUUGUGAAAGACAGGUCAAUGCAAAAAAGGACAGGCAGGACAGCACAUCCUCUGCAAGCAAAUGGGAAGGCGUCAUUCCAGUCAUUGAUGAUUUCCAUGCCAUGGCCAAUUUUCUAGAGGUUAUAUGGAAAGUGUUGUACUCUACAAAGUCAGCUAGAGACCCUGGGACACUUUACGCUUCCAGGAAUUUUCUCAGGGCAACGAAUGUUCCUGCAAGUCCGUUGAAAGAUGUCAAUGCGUCAGUCGAGUUCCUGACACGAUAUUCAGAGUCCCUCAUUGUUGCAGCAGCAUUGCAUCAUUUUGGCAUGGAAGAUGUUAAUUCACAACCAACUCGAAAUAUAAUUGACAAGGAUUCUACAAAUGUUGCGGAUGAGGUCAAAGAGCAACUGGGCCGUCUGGUGGACAGGUAUGCAAUUCAUGAGGGCCCACAUUUUGACAGAGCUUCGAAAUUCGUCUGCCCACUCUGUAACAAAGAAUACGUUCAUCAGAGAAGUCUACAGAAACAUACAGAGCAACAACAUUCAAACGAGCCCAGCAAACAAACUACAAGCACCAACACAGAGGAUUCGAUGUUUAAUUACAGCUCGGCAGCCCUUGGUAUGUGUUUGUUGUGGAUGGACUUCGAAGAUGCGAGAAAAUAUGGAGAUGGUGCUCGUAUCAUCAGGCUGUACAAGUACUUUGUGCUUUACUUUAAGCUAGAAGGGAAGACUAAGUAUGCCCUACACAGUCUGAGGCUACUUGCGCAGGUAAAGUGUCUUCUUUCCCCACGAUUGGCACACCAACUCAUUUGGAAUAGAGUGGUUAACAAUGUGGGGAAAGAAGACACAAAUGUUGAACUAGACAGAGAAAAUGAACACCACAACCGCAUCUUCAAAGAAGAAUACCGCCAAUUUCAUGGUAAAGUCUCAAAGGCGAGUGUCGCGAGAGUCAGUCAUUCAGCACAAACCUCCGAAAAAAUUCUUACCAAGGUGGAUGAAGGUACUCAGACCCGGGCGUAUAAGGGUGCACACAAGAAAAAAGAUCUGAGUGAAGACGUGCAGAGAUUGGCCCAUCACAUGCACAGAGAACAAAUCUUCUCUGAAAAGGAUUCGAGGCAUCAUCAUGCUUUCCCCUCCUUUCCUCUGAACCCUCUUUCCAGGCUCAAUCUAGCUAGUCUGAGAUCAUGGAUGUCAAAAAAGUUGAAAGACUUUGCUUUCUAAUGAAUUUUUCUUCAUAUCUGACCUACCUUUAUUACUUGGCUGGUAGAUGUUUAUUUACAGUGUUAAUGACAUGUUAGUGAAAUGCUUACAGGUAUCCUACUAUCUUAUACAUAACAAAGACAUUUGAAAAUUGUCAUGAUACAACUAUCUUUUCUAUUUUGAAAAUUUUAUAUUAUCAUGGUAUAUACUGGUGUCCAUGAUUUAUAUGAAAGUACAUUUCAUUUUAUAUUCUGUAAAGUGCAUGCUCUUUAACAUGAAAAGCCGCCUUACAUUGCAGGGGAACAGUUGGUGACAUAUGGCUGAUGAUGGUACAUGCAUUCACGGCUUGUUUCAAGAACAUAAUUCUGCAUGAUAUAUCUGAGAAAUUUUUUAACUCAUGUAACAUUACAAGUAUGAGAAUAGUUCCUAUAUUUUCUGUAUGACAUUUUAUAUACAUAUAUAUAGAUAUAUAUAUAUAAGAUUAUUUAUAACUGUGUUUUUAAUUGUAUCAGCAAGAAUAACUGACUGUUCCACUAAAGGUGUGUAUAUGAUAUGAACCAGCCAAGUGAACAAUGCACACAGCUUCACUUAUUUUUUUUUUAAAGGAAUUUUUCAAAUUUAGUAUUUAAACAUUCACAUCAGCUUUUGGUUUAUUUCUUAAAGCAAUGUUUCAUUUGAGUAGGUGAUAGGAAUUAUUUGCUGCAACCCGAGCACCUCAUUGGAAGUUGAUUUCAUAAAAGAAAUUUAUCUUUGGAUAUACAUUAACUGUGCAUAUGUAUGUAUUGUAUUUUAUUUUUUGAACUUCUAUUUAGUGAUAUAAAGCUUUAUCAUUAUUUGGCAAUGUGUGAUGUAUAUGUGACACUUAGCUUUUUUGCCAUUUUGCCAACAUGAACAUUUUUCAUCAUUUCACAUUCUUGGUUGCGCUGAAGCAUUCCUCGUGGAAAAUGUAUUUAAAUUGUUUGUCCUAAAAAAGCUUGAUUUAUCUGUAAAUGUACAAGAUUUGAAAAUAGUUUUACUUCUCAAAUUGACAUUAAAGAUAAAUUCCAGUUCUGGUAACAAUCUCAAAAUGACUUUACAGAAUCUAAUAUAAUGACCACCUAAGUGUCUGUUUGUAUGAAUAAAAAAUAUGUGCCAAAGGAUUCUGGAAGAAAUUGUGUAAUUGCUGAGUAAUAAGCAAAAUAAGCGCGGAUUCCGUCACUUUCAUCGGGUCUUUAUUCCAGCAAUAAAAAUACACUGUCCCACGUGUGCCUAUCUGUGUUGGCGAUCUUCAGUGUGAUCGUAUUUCAGCUUAGAGUUUAUGAUUUCACGAAGUUCAGUUUAUGUAACUGUACCAGAUCUACAUCCACGAUGAUAUAGUUACUUAACCUUGGUUUUACAGACUUUCUCACGAAAUUAGUGUUUUACAGCAACUAUUAUCAUUUAGCUUUAAAUGUUUUAGUUGUACAACAGUUGUCGUCAUGAUUCAAGUAUACUGAUUUCAAAUGGAAUGGACAACACUCUAAAGGUCAAUCAAAACGUAGGUCUACUUCCUUGCCAUGCAUCACUGGAAUUUCAUUAAAGCAAAUAAGAUGAGGCUAUUACUAGUUGAUUAGUCUUUACUCACUAAAAUGCUCUUUCAGUUGUCUCUUUCUUUUUCGGUACAUGUUAACACUGAUGAUUUUUCUUUAUAUAUAUUAGGAUUUCAUGAGUCAACACAGAUUGGCAAAAAAAGGAUGUAAUAAUUUAUCUCAUACUAUUAUUGUUUCAUAAAUUUCUUAUACAUACAUUUCUUGUUAAUUUUGGAAGAUUUAUUUUACUGAAAUUCUCUGUAUCCUAUUUAUUUUUAGCUAAAUUGAAAACAAUCAUGUUAGGUGAGAAAACUCUGUAUACACUUUGAUAUACAUUUAGAAUCAUGGUUUUACGCCAUUUUCAGAAUGAUGGGCACUUACAUUCAAAAGACUGCCCAGCACCAUGACCACAGUCCAAUAUUUAAAAAAAAUUACUUCAAAAGAUUCAAAGUUAAGAAAUUCAGCAAAAUUUCAAAGUGAAACGCGUAGAAAAUGUUGAGAGGAGGGCUUGCAAGCCCCCCCCCCCCCUUCGUGCAGUACAAAGUUAAUAUGAAUUUGUGUUCUUUCAAUUUCAGUAAAUUUUGUAAAGCUAACAAAUUUGUUAUACAUGUAUAGAUUUGUGAUUAUGUGCAUACAGUAUAUACAGCUGAUAUUUAUGCAAUAUAAACAUUUCAUUUGAUGCCAAAAAGUUGUAACAAAGCACUUCCUUCCAUAAUUUUGUGUUUUUUCACUGAUAUCAUAUUUCACAUACAUCUGUUGAUUGGUAUUGUAGAUAUGAAGGGUUAUUAUCUUCUAUUAUACAUGCAUGAAGAAAGUAAAGGUGAUGCUACUGAAGAUGUACAUAUAUUAUUGCCUUUGCAAUUUGCUCUAUCUUGUCAGUCUCUUUAUACGUAUUUAUCAUCAUCUUUUUUGCAAUAUGUUUUACCAAACUUUACAAAGAACUGCAAUAUUAUAUUCUCUGGGAUGUACAAUUGUUCUUGUUAGUGCACUGAUUCUUAACAGUAUCUCCAUCAGUAUUCAUGAUAUGAUUGCAAUAUAUGUAGACAACUUUCAAAGGGAAUGACAGUAUUCUCUUAUUGCUCUUUAUCUUGUCAGUAAUUUUAUCCGUAUUCAUAUUUGUCUUCCUUUACAUGGAAUAACAUUUGUUUUUCCAUUUUAAACAGUGAAAAAAAGAUGAGGACAAUUCAUAACAUAGUUUGUACCAAGGUGUACCUGUAUAUUGAUGAAGCAUUUGUCAUAUUUUUAUUAAAUGGUACAGAAAGAUGAACCUUUAUCAACUUUA